AUGUCAAUUAAUGAUUUUAAACCUGAGGUAUGGACAUCUUCCUCCAAUGGUGCUUUAAAAGUAUCGCUAGUCACUGAAAAUGCAGUGACUUUCUCACCGCAAUUCACUUAUCCAAUAUAUGGUGAUUCUGAACAAAUAUUUGGUUAUAAAGAUUUAACAAUCCAUUUAGUUUUUGAUGCAAUAACAUUGAAACCAUUUGUUAAUGUUAAAUAUUCUCAAAAGUUAGAUGAAGAUGCAGAUGAUAUAGAAGCCAAGUUAUUGGAGUUUUUACCAAAAGAUGACAUUAUAAUUAAAGAUGAGGCAAAGUGGAUUAGUGCUUUCGAAAAAGAGAGAAUCGAAUAUGCUCUGCCACCAGAUAAGUUUAAGAUUAGUGAAUAUAAAAUUGAAAAUGAUGAAUAUGUUGUGUACAAAGUUCCUCUUGGAAAUGAACAAACAAAAAAGAUGCAUCUCCGUAUUCAAAUAUUAUCAUUGCUAUAUAUCGAAGCUGCCUCAUACAUAGAAGCAGAUGAUCCUAAUUGGGAAAUUGUUUGGUCAUUCAAUAAAAAUACGAAAGAAUGUGCAGGUUAUGUAACUACUUACAGAUAUUGGAAAUAUAAAGGAGGCAAGAAUUUUGAUGAAAACGAUAACUUAAAAUACAGAGGCAAGAUCUCACAAUUUUUAGUUUUACCACCUUAUCAAGGCAAAGGUCACGGUUCAAAAAUAUAUUCUGCAAUUUACAACAAUUGGUUAACUGAUAGCACCAUAGCAGAACUUACCGUUGAAGAUCCAAACGAAAGUUUUGAUGAUUUGAGAGAUCGUUGCGAUUUAACUACGUUGUAUGAAUCAGGAGUAUUUGAAUCAAUUCCAGAAGCAUUUCCAAUUGAUGAAACUUGGAUAGACGAAACGCAACAAAAAUUUAAGGUAGAGAAAAGACAAUUUAAUCGUUUAGUUGAGAUGAUGAUGCUGAAAACAGAACAUAAAAGCUAUGGAUUACAAGUUAAAAAGAGAUUAUAUAUAAAAAAUUAUGAUGCGCUAGUGGAUAUGGAAGAUCAAGAAAAGAAAGAUGCUCUAGAAAAAUCAUUUUUAAUGCUUGAUGAAGAUUAUAAACGUAUUUUAUCAGCGUGUAACCUAGUAAAAAGAAAGAAUAACAAUACUGUUCAAAACGACAAUGGAGCUAAGAAAUUGAAAUUAUAA